AUGGUAAGAAGGGUUGUUGUUGGUGUUUGCGGGUUAGUUCUUGAAGGAGUGACACAUGAUGGUUGGGAGGAACAGCGAAUAAGGGACAUGUCACAUGCGCAAGUGGAAAAUAAAGUUUGGCCUUCACCUCAAAAAGAAGAGGAUACGAAGAAUGAGCCAAGAAAAUUCUGCAAAGAUGAAGACAUGCGAAAACCGGUUCUUCUGGUGCAGAAUAGUAAACCUUACUACAUCAUCUCCAAACUCCUUGGAGAGUAUUCCACCUACCAAGAGUGA